UACAUGGCGAUGCUUGCGGCCACAGUUGCAAUGGGUAUUGCUAGCUAUCACAUAUUUGAUCUGCAGCCUUUGUACGGCUUCCUGCUUGCCAUUGCACUGGCAGCAGUUUUGACAUUACCAGUUGGCCUGGUCGAGGCUGUGUCCAACUUCCAGUACGGCCUUGGCGUGAUAACCGAGCUUAUUGCAGGCUACACCUAGCCUGGCCAGCCAACAUA